AUGGCUCAAUCCACAAACCCCUUCCCCCCCGGCCGCCGGGUGGUAACAGGCCACAAUGCAGAUGCGGCCGCCGUAAUCAAGAUCGACGAUGUCAUUCCGACCAAGCCAACCGAUUUUGGCAUCGACAUUGGGCGUAUUUGGGUAAGCACAGAGCAUCCUGCAGACGUUCAAUCGUCUGAGGAUAAAAGCCUCAUAGACGCUGGUCUGGCUCCCUCUGGCUCCCAGGUCAAUUUCGUGGAUUUUCCACCGAACACCAAGGUCAUACACCAUCGCACGACCACUCUGGACUAUGUCUUUGUGCACAAAGGGGCCGUUGUAUUGGAACUUGACGAUGGCUCCAGGACGAAAUUGCAGGCGGGUGAUUCUGCUGUCGUGCAAGCUGGUAUGCACAGUUGGCAAAACGAAGACACUGAAUGGGCUCGAGUAUUUUCCGUCAUGGUUGCUGCUCAGCCGCCUUCUAUCGGUGGGAAGACGCUGGAAUUUGAAAUUAAGGAAACACCUGAAAAUGUGUAA